CCGGGUGUCACACCCACUUUCCUUAUAAGGAAAAGACGGGCCGACCCGAGCCGAACCAGGCAGGGCUGUGGGGUGGGUGUAGGGGGACUAAGAAGAGGGGAGAGAGGCUGAGGCAGCGGAGGCAGCAGCGGGAGGUAGCACAGCUCCCGCUGCGCCUUUCCUCCUGCCCCCUCUAAGUGCGUGGAACUUUUCCUUAAUUCACCUCACUUUACUCCAUCCCUGUUCACCCCUUUCUUUCCUUCCCCCAAGGAUUCCCCCUUUCCCCCAACAACAUGGAAGAAUUUUUGCAGCGAGCCAAAUCCAAACUGAAUCGGAGCAAACGAUUGGAAAAAGUCCACGUGGUUAUUGGACAUAAGUCAUGUGAUCUGGAUUCACUUAUUUCUGCAUUCACCUAUGCUUACUUUCUAGACAAGGUCAGUCCUCCUGGUGUUCUGUGCUUGCCAGUGUUAAAUAUACCAAGAACGGAAUUCAACUACUUCACUGAGACAAGGUUUAUUUUAGAAGAGUUAAAUAUCUCUGAAUCAUUUCACAUCUUCCGAGAUGAGAUUAAUCUGCAUCAUCUAAAUGAGGAAGGGAAAUUAUCAUUAACACUUGUUAACAACAAUGUGCUGGCCAGUGAGGACAAAACUUUAGAAUCUGCUGUCGUCAAAGUCAUUAAUCCAGCUGAACGAUGUGAUACCAGCUUCGAGUACCACGAGUCUUCUUCCUCCCUUGUGGCAAAAGAAAUUCUUCGGGAGGCCCCUGAGUUAGUCACUGAACAACUGGCUCAUCUCCUCAGAGGGAGUAUUCUUUUCAACUGGAUGUCCAUGGAAUCUGAGAAGAUGUCAGAAAAACAGGAAGAAAUUCUUUCCAUUCUAGAAGAGAAAUUUCCUGAUUUGCCUCCAAGAGAAGACAUUAUCAGUGUUCUGCAAGAGACCCAAUGCAGUGCUCAAGGUUUAAGUAUCGAACAGACAAUACUGAAGGAUCUAAAGGAACUGACAGAUGGAGAAAUAAAAGUUGCAAUUAGUACUGUGUACAUGACCCUUGAGGACUGUAUGUUUCAUAGAAACAUUGUUACUGACCUGAAGAUCUUUACAGAAAAGUAUGGCUUUGAUGUACUCAUCCUUUUGGCCAGUUACUUAUCGGAAGAACAACAGACAAAACGACAGAUAGCUGUAUACUCAGAGAAUGUGGAGUUGUGCAAUCAGAUCUGCUGUGAACUGGAAGAAUGCCAGAAUCCUUGCCUGGAGCUGGAGCCCUUUGAAUGUGGCUGUGAUGAGAUCCUGGUGUAUCAGCAGGAGGACCCCAUGAUCACUUCUGAUCAGAUGAUUCUCCUUGUCAAGGAAGUCAUUAACAGGAGCUGUUCAGAAAUGGUCUCCAACAGCCGCACAUCCUCCACUGAAGCCGUGGCCGGCAGUGCACCUCUCUCUCAGGGGUCUUCUGGCAUCAUGGAGCUGUACGGUUCUGAUGUAGAACCACAGCCCAGUUGUGUGAAUUUCAUAGAAAACCCUCAAGAUCUCAAUGGCUCCAUCCCAGCUCAGGUAGAUGUCAAUGUAGACCUCGUGAGCCCUGAUAGUGGGUUGGCAACCAUUCGAAGCAGCCGUUCUUCCAAGGAGAGCUCAGUUUUCCUAAGUGAUGACAGCCCAGUAGGUGAAGGUGCUGGGUCUCAUCAUAGCCUCCUCCCAGGGUUUGAUUCCUAUAGUCCCAUCCCUGAAGGAGCAAUAGCUGAGGAGCAUAAACCACAGUCUGGAGAAGAUGGUGAACAUUUUGAUCUUUUCAACUUUGACCCGACACCCAAUGUUUCUGUGCAAUCCCAGUCAUCUUCCCGUUCAGCUGACUAUUCCCCAGCAGAUGACUUCUUUCCCAACAGUGAUUCAUCAGAAGGACAGCCACCCACAGUGCCAAAAGUACUUGAUGAAAUGAAUCUAUUAGGGGGUGACAUGGAUAAUUAUUCACCAGGUUUGCUGAUGACAGUGGCUGAAAAGGAAAGUCUUCUGGAAUUUGAUGGGGAAUUUGCUCAGAGGCAGGAAAGUCCUGGGGACCUCUCAGAAAGAACUUUGAGUCUCACGGAUUUUGUGGGAGAUGACUCUCCUCCUUCUGAGAGACUGAAAAGCGUUGGGACGAGAGUCCCACCAACUCCAAUGAACAGCUUUGUGGAAAGCUCACCACUCACAGAGGACCCAAGCUUGUUCUUCCCAGAAGACAUGCUGCCAAAAAUAAAUGAUUUAGAUCGUACAGGAUCUACUCAAACCCGAAUGAGGUGCAGCAGCUGGUGGGGAGGUUUAGAAAUUGACUCGAAAAAUACUGCCCUACUGAACACUGACACAUGCAGUUCCAGUGAACAGGAAUCUGUCUUCCAGAGCCCUGAGUCCUGGAAAGAUCAUAAGGCAAGCCCCGUUGAUAGGAGGGCUUCAGAUUCUGUAUAUCAGCAAAAACAGUCAAGACAUAGUGAAUACCCAAAGCUAGGUCCCUGGGAGACCCAAAUUGAACAAGAGAACAUGGAUAACACUGACACCCAUUACCAAAGUGAGGACAAUCCAGAACACCAGAAACUGCCUCCUGAGAAAUCACAUCUAUCACAUGCUUCCCCUCAGGGGACAUGCCACUUGAUAGAAGACUUUGCUUCUGUGUGGCAGCCCAACUCACCUUCUACAAUGGAAAGAGAUGCAUGGGAAAAUCCUGCAGGUGACAGUGAUGAACAGGUGGAGUCAGAGCCCUUCCCCACCUGGACUAAAUUUAGUAAAGAUGACAGCACCAAUGCUCUGAAAAAGACCUGGAAUGGGCAUCAGAUGGACAGAAGUUUGCCUCCCAAAAGGGACCAUGAUGAGUGGGCUGUGGUAAAGAGGGAUUUUUCUUUUUCUGCAGAAGUCCCAUCAGAGAGUUUACCAAAAACUCCAAAUAAUCAAAUGACUUCAAAAGCCUGGGAUGAGAACAAAAGUGAUACCAACAAUGUCCACACUGAGUCUGAGAAUCCCAGUCCUGAUUCUGAAAUUAUAUGGAAUAAUUCCAAACUGCUUAGGAAAGAUCGGGAUGGGUUCAAUGAUUCUGAGAUCAGGAGAAAAUCAUUUGAAAAGGUAAACACCUGGAACUUAUAUGAAGAGAAUGAUAAGGAAGGAGCUCCAGCUCCCUGGGAAGAUUCCUUCUUAUCAUAUAGGUGCUCAGACUUUAGCACAUCCAAUGUAGGUGAAGAUUUGAUUGCUUCCGAAUUAGAUACCAACUAUUCUACAUCAGACUCUAUAUCACCUACAUUUGUGGGGGAGGAGAAAGAAACCGAAGACAAAACUUUUGAUCAGGAUGUUAACAUAGCUGCAGAAGAGACCUCACUGAAUAAGUCAAAUGAUGCUGAAAAUCUUCCGCAGUCAAUGGAGGCACCAUCAUACAGAAAUCGAAUUAGUUCAGGCCCGGGGACCCUAGAGAUGUGGACAAUGCAUACACCAAAUGAUAGCCAGAUUGUAACGGUUGAUUCAGAACCAAAUGUCCCUUCAAAUCCACAUAAAGACUUACUCAAGUUAGAAUACCCAGAUACUAAGAAUUUCUUGGCCGAGGAUGAUGCUGGGGAAAGCAGUCAAUCUAGUUAUGAUGAUCCUAGAAUGAUGCAGAUGUAUAAUGAAACAAACCGACAACUGACCCUCAUGCAUAGUGGCACCGAACCCAGGCAGGCAGCUCCUGAGAAUGUUGAUUUGUGGAAUAGAGUCAUCCUUGAGGACACACAGUCAACAGCAACUAUUUCAGAUUUAGAUAAUGAUUUAGAUUGGGAUGACUGUAAUGGGGGGAUAGAGCCUUCCAAAGAAGGAGAAGCCCAAGGAUACAUGCAUGAAAGUAUAGAACCACAAACUCGAUUUUCAGUGAGACAGCUAGAACCAUGGAGUGUUGAGAGUCAGGAGGACAGUCAGGUAGGGUGGGAGCACCACAUGCCCUACAUUCACUCUGAGGAAGGAAAAGAUGCCACCUUCAAUAAAUUCAGUUCAUUGGACGAGAAAAGUGGACAGCAAAUCUUUAACAAUAUUUGGGAUACAGUCAUGAAAGAUGACAAUGUGUCAUCCUUAAUACUGCCUGACUCAUCACACAUUGUAGAUUCAGAUGAAAACAAAUCACCAUGGGAAACUCUGAGCUCCUCAGAAAAUAUUAAGGACAACAACAUCCCAGAUAAGCUAGAAAUCUUAGAAAAUGAGCAGGAAGAAGCAUUUACACCUGUCACCCCUCUGGCUAAUUCUGUCAAUCAGGAAACACAAGAAAGUACUUCAGUGAGCAAUGCAGUAUUCUUUGCAACAAGUCCUGAGAAUAAAAAACAUCCUGAACAUUCAGACAUAUGGAAGGAUAAGACUUAUAAGCAUAGUGAAGAUGAGAACAUCCAAGAAAACAUUGAUAAGGAAUAUUUAACUGAAGAGGAUACAAGAAGUUCUGAGGUAGAUAGUGCUUCAGGAAGUUCAGGAAGAGAAGACAGUGAGCCAGAACUCUAUUCUCCAGUUGCAUAUGAAAAUCAAGGAACUCGUGAUGACUCUAACAAAAGCAGCUCUCCUUCAGUUGCAUCUAGUCCCUACACCAAUGAAAUCUCAGAGGAGCUGGUGGAACUCCAGAGCGAUACCACUAGCCAAGAGACCAGUGAUACAAGAGCUUCCACAAAUAAUCUGAAGAUAAAUAAUGCCUGUGAAAAGCAUUUUGUGGAUCAGGGAAACUCAGUUGACACUGCUAACAUUUUAUCUAUUGAAAAUCAAGAUGUAACAGAUCAUUCAUUAUCUGAAAUUAGCCUUGAGAAAAAUGCGUCAUAUAAAAUUUUUGGAUUGGAGAGUAUGUCCACAGAGAAAGUAGAUAAGGUACCUCUUCUUAAAAGUCCUCAGAGUCUUGAUAUUUGGAAUGCACGUGUAGGUGGUGACUCUCAAUCAAAUGGAACUAGUCUUGAAAUAAAUGAAGACUGUGAAAUGAAAAGUAUUCAAAAUCAUCUUGCUGCAGGAGAUUUUCAAAUGGCAAAUGGUGAGGAUGAUCUUGUGUCCAGUGAGUAUACACACUCAAGUGCAUCAAGCCCUGAUCUAAGUGAUCCAUCUGCUGCUAUGCCCAGCUUGGGUGACAUGAAGACUACAGACUAUCAGCAAAAGAAUCAAGAUGACUGGAGUACAGGAAAUAAUAAAGACUCUGAACUUGUUACCACUGAUGAUCAACCAGAAAUGGUGCCUGAAAUGGGAGACUUGCAGGGAGAAAUGAUGGAUGAGUUCCAAAAGGUUGUCAAACACAAAACUUUAGAUAUCUGGGAUGCCCAAAUGAAUGAUGAUGAAUCUUCUUUGUCAAGCCCUGAUGGAGGGAACACUCCUCGAAAUUCAGGAUCUCAGGAAAGAAGUUCAGCAGUGAACCUUUACCAAAAAAAUGAGCCUGAAAUUCCUAAAACUGCACUCAAUGAUACAACAAGCUCAGAACUGAAUAGCAGCUUUAAUCGUGAAGAUAAAUUGGAGAAAGAAGUUAAUUUGAUCACUUCCCAAGCAGAUUUGCAAAAGAAUUCUAGGAUAUGGAAUAUAUUCAAUGAAAAAAAUGCAUGUUUGACCAUAGCUGGCCAAGAAAGUCAAGAAUUUCCUGAAUAUAGAGAUUCAUGGGAAACAACCAAAGGUGAGAGUCAAGGAAGCCCAUUCUAUGAAGAUCAAAGCAGUCCUGAUCAAUGGAAUUUCUCACCUGUGAGUAAAAAUGAGGAGCAGGCAACUGAAUUUAGAGAGGAGGCAAAGUGUUCUCCAGAGACAUUGAAGACUGAAGAUGUAACUGAAGAGGCAUCACUGCAAAUGUCUCCUAAAAAUGUGAAGACUGAAGAUGUAACUGAAGAAGCAUCACUGCAAAUGUCUCCUAAAAAUGUGAAGACUGAAGAUGUAACUGAAGAGGCAUCAUUGUCAGAAGGAAAGCAUAAGUCCAAAGUGGAAACUCUUGGAUUUUCAGAUGACAGAACAGAAUGGUGGAACACCAAGAGUCCUGAGGAUAUUAAAUCUUCUGACCCAGAUGUCAUUUUGGAAGAGACCUCUUCUGUAUGCCAAAAGGUGGAUCCAUGGGAUGCACUUAUUCAGGGUGAUCUUGAAUCCAAAGGAGCACCUAAUGUUGACCCUUUCACAGAUGAAAACCAAGCACCCUUUCAAGGUGAGAAUGAGGAAAACUAUGAACGACACUGGAACAUCCAGCCAACUCAGAUAACCUCAGAUUCUGUACUGAUGGAGCAGUUUGAUGAGUUUGACCCAAGUCAAGAAGAAGAGGAUUUAAAAGAGCAACUGUUCAUAUCAGCUGCUGUCACUGAGCUUGUGCCUGAAAUCCAUACCCAAGAGCAAUGUCAAGAAAGAGUGCUGUCUGCUCUGGAUCAGCCAGACUCUGAACUCAUUCAUGCAAAUGAUUCCACUGCUAACAGUCCUUCCUCUCAAAUGACAAUAAGGUCUAGCCCUGGAUGGAGUGAUGAGGUCCAUCAAGGUACAUUCAUCCCAGAUAUUUUGCAUGACAAUUUCCAAGAAGGUAGACAAAUUAUCUCAGCUAUGCCUGAUCUGUGGACCGAUACUGAACAGCCCAUCAGCUUGAAAGCAGAUGGUGAAAAUCCAGACAUAUUGAAUCACUGUGACCAGGACAGCAACUCCCAGUCUUCCACCAGUCCUGAUGUGUGUCAUGAAUAUGAAAUGAAGAAAGAAACUAGGCAGCAUCUUGACCAAGCUUCAACCAGCCCUAGAGAGGAAGCUAGUGAUUUUCAUCUCACUGAAUCAGAGGGGAAUGAAGAAACUACUCUAGUUCGUACAGAGAAAUCUGCCAUUCACAAUGUGGAAAUGAAUCAUGAAAAACAUUUUUCCUUGCAUCCAAACAACAAACAAGCAGAUUCUGACAGCUUAGAUCUUUCGAUUUCUCCUAGAACUUCCUCUGAACCUCCUGAACCGGUUGGUGACAAUGGUGGAAACCCAGGAGAAUUCAAAGGUGAAACCACCCUAGAAAUAGCAUCAGUUUUGGAACCAGUGGAAACAGAGAAUUUGACUGUUGAAAAUGUGGGGACCUAUGCUAUCGUGACUCCCCAGUCACCAGCUACUAUUGAGGUGAACAGCUCGUGUAUAACAACAGGUGGUAUCUUUCCUGAAAGUCAAAAAGAUACAAAGGCCUUGAUUAACACUGGACAUCCUUUAACUGGUGAAGAGCCAGAAGCCAACUCUGGGACCCCAACAGCCACAAGCCCUUUUUAUUAUAGAAAUGAGGCUAUUAUAGGACACAGUUUCAAUGAUGCAAUGAACACUCCAGACAGAACAACAAAGGACAUGGAAAAAUCACCAUUAGAAAAGCACAACCCUGAAAAUUCUACAAGGAGACAAAGCAUCCGUCUCUCAGCAGCCUCUUGGAGUGAUUUUGAAGAUAGCUCAGUGGUUACAAAUUUUGAUGAAGAAGCAAUAAAAGAACCUGAACACUUUCACUAUGGUAGUGAGGCUCUCUUGGAGAUGUCUACCAAACAUUCACUUAUGCCAUAUACACCUCCCUUUGAUUUAUCAUUUCUCACAGAGGUGCCCCAAAACUCCAUGCAGGAGAAGGAAGUCCUUUCAACUGAGGAACAGUCUUCUGACAGUGAAAUGGAAGAAUUACUAUUCCCUGCACCGCUGCCCAGAAAAAACACCACAAGCCAUUCAGAGGAAAGAGACGGUAAGGCCAGGCAUCAGUUCCUUGAAUUAUAUAUACAGGAAGAUCCUGAGCCAGCAUCCUUGCCAUUAGAAUCUGGUUCCAAUCUUGGGUCAGCUCUUUCUUCCAAUGAAGUAGAAUCACGUAAUUCUGAUUCACCAGAAGGUGGCGACAUGAGACCACCUAACGGUGUUAUCCAAAAUCCAUUAGACCUUAAAGCAGAAUUUGUUUCUAGCAAGGAUCCUGAGCCAAGAACAGGAAAUAAGGAAGACACAUGUAUGGGGAUGAAUGAGGACCCAAGUGCACAACAAAUGGAUUAUAUUCUUGUUGACCAUGAAGAAAACUUCUCUGAGAGGAAGGUUGACCUUGAACCAAAGGGAAGUCAAUCUGAAUUACAAGAAGCCAAUGUUGGGUCAGAACAAAUGCAGCAUCCAGGAGAGUUUUCAGCAUCCUCUCAAGAUAGAUUUCAGUCAGUUGUAGUAAAUGAAAGGAAAGGCCAAUCUGCAGUGGGACCUUUAAUAGAGAAUGGUUCUUACAUUGUGCCUCCAAAACUGGAAGAUGAAAAGAGACCUCUAGAAAGCCCUGGCCAAGAUCCAGGUUGGAUGGUCUUAGGCCAAAGUGAAGUUGACAGUGCAUCACCUCAAGAGAAUUCCAGACAGAAAGAAAUAAUUGCCGUGGGGUUUGGAGGUUCCAUCACUUCCAUAGAUCAGAGACUGAGAGAAGCUGAACAGACUCAGGUCUGUGCAGAGACAAGGAAGAAAAGUCCUCACGAAUUUUCGAGAAUGGAGAAGUCUUCCCAGGGCAGCCUGGCAAGGAAGAAUAAGAAUAAGAGCCCAAGCGAGGUGGAUGGAGAUGCUCUUUUGUUAAAGGCAGUUGCCCAUGACAGUGAAUGGGAAAUGCUUUCACCACGGCUUUCUGAGGGUUGUGUGGCCCCAGAAAAGGAAAUGGAGGAAGAGACAGAGUUUCUUGACUCUGAACCAAGAGAACAACAGAGCCCUGGAGGACCAUUAGCGGAUGAUGUAGGAAUGGACAUCCCCUUUGAAGAGGGAGAGCUAAGUCCCAAUUCUGCAGACAUGAGACCUGAACCACCUAAUUCUCUGGAUCUUGACGGCUCUCAUCCCCGGAGGAUAAAACUCACAGCCCCAAAUAUCAACCUUUCUCUGGACCAGAGUGAAGGAUCUGUUCUCUCUGAUGACAACCUAGACAGCCCAGAUGAAAUUGACAUCAACGUGGAUGACCUGGACACCCCUGAUGAAGCGGAUUCUUUUGAAUACACUGUCCAUGAGGACCCAGCAGCCCUCCAAGAUUCUGGUCAGGAGGCAGAAUCCAUCCCAGAAUACACUGCUGAGGAGGAGCGGGAGGACAAUCGGUUGUGGAGGACGGUGGUGAUCGGGGAGCAGGAGCAACGGAUUGACAUGAAAGUCAUAGAGCCUUACAAAAGAGUCAUUUCUCACGGAGGAUACUAUGGGGACGGUCUAAAUGCCAUCAUUGUGUUUGCUGCCUGUUUUCUGCCAGACAGCAGUCGGGCUGAUUACCACUAUGUCAUGGAAAAUCUUUUCCUAUAUGUAAUAAGUACUUUGGAGCUGAUGGUAGCUGAAGAUUAUAUGAUCGUCUACUUGAAUGGAGCAACCCCAAGAAGGAAGAUGCCUGGACUAGGCUGGAUGAAAAAAUGUUAUCAGAUGAUUGAUAGAAGGUUGAGGAAGAACUUGAAAUCAUUCAUCAUUGUUCACCCAUCUUGGUUCAUCAGAACAAUCCUUGCAGUGACACGACCUUUUAUAAGUUCAAAAUUCAGCAGCAAAAUACAAUACGUCAGCACCUUAUCAGAGCUCAGUGAGCUGAUCCCAAUGGAAUGUGUCCACAUCCCAGAGAGUAUCAUCAAACUGGAUGAAGAGCUGAGGGAAGCAUCCGAAAGAGCUAAAGCUAGCUGCCUUUCAAAUGAUCCAGAAAUGUCUUCUAUGGAGCAGGAUAUUGACAUGAAGCUGAAAGAAAAACUGUAGCUAGUGGGGCUUUGCAGAAGAAGAUGAUUCUUGAAUUGGAGCCCUUCUAAAACAUCUCUACCUAGAAAAGAAGAAACGACUGAUGAAUCUCACUUUACACUAUCUGGUGCCAUUGAAAACUUCCGGGUGGAGGUUGGGGGGAAGCAGUGGUUGAAUGCCUUUCACUUUACUAUAAUUUUAUGUAAUUGUGUGCAUAUGUGUGUUCAAUUAAGUUAUUAUCCUGUGUUUGCCGAUUGUAAAUCUCCUGUACUCUUUAGUUAAACCUUCCCCAGAAAGCAGAGAGUUUUGUUUUUAGGCAUUGCUGACUAAUAUCCCUCACCUCCACCCCUACCCUCAAGUUCUAAGGUAAGCCAGACAGGAGUAUUAAGAGAUAAAACAUUUUCAUUCCACAGAUUACUUCUUUUCCUUCAUAAGCAUUUUAGAUGAAGAUGGUUUCACAUCUUGCUCUGUUAUACUUAGCCUUGUCUAUAUAGCUUUCCCUGCUCACAUUGGUCCAUAGGUCAUGAUGCAGGGUGUGUGGAACCUUGGUCCCUGAACUGUCUAGCUCCACAACCAUUGAGCAUCCCUUAAAGAAAUAUCCCAGAAAGAAACUUUAAACCCAAACCAUUUUAAUUUUUUAUUUAUCUCAUCUGACACCUUUUUUUUUCUUAGAUGUGGUCUUUAAAAAACAAAACUAUUCAUCCCACAGUGACUAAAGGGUCUGGGGAAGUGGAAGUGCAACAUGUCCAUGGUUUUGAGGGUGCUCUCCUAGCUUCAGUCCUUCAAUCUGGACUCUCAGCUUAGUAUUGUUCCUUCUAUCUGAAAAUAUUAACAGCAGAAAACAGCGAACACAGAAUAAGUUGAUUAUUCAUAAAAUCAAGUCUGCUUUAAGAUUCUCUCCUUUAACUAUAGGCUUACAAUGUGCUCUUAUUUAUUUAAAAAAAUAAUUCUUUUAUAUUUUAUCACUAUACUCCAUUUCACAUAUCAACUAGAUUUCAAAUUUGCAGCCCUCCAGCAUGCAUAUUUUUUGUUUUGUUCAUUUGUAUUUAAUUAUGUAUUUACCCAAUAGAAUAAAUGAGUAAACAUAACUAAUUUAUUUUCUGUUUUUAGAAAUGGUAUAACCCCUUACAUACCAUUAGUGAGUAAAAUACAUAGCCUUUUGAAAAAAAAGAUGGCAAAUCCCUAACUACAAAAAUGUUGGUCUGUCAGUAUUUAUUUACAUGGUCAAAAUGGAGGCUGUCCUUAAAAGCCUUUAAUGGACAAUGUGUGAUGCUAAUCGCACUUUUUUUUCUGUAUGUAUGUUCUUAACUUCCAAUAUUACCUAUCAUCGGUAAGCUAGAAUGAAUGAGAGAGGGGUAGAAAUAAGAAGGUCCCACACCAGUACUGCUGUAAUUAAAGAACUGGAGAAGAUUCCAAUUUUGAUUCAAUGGAGUGAUGUUCUUUACUUUUUCUGUAACAGACCUUUGGAAUUUAAAUUGCUAAAAUGGAUCUAUGAUCUCAUCAAUUUGGAAGUCCCUCCCCCCAUGACCCUCACCAUAAUGCUGCCAAUCAUGGUACCUCUGUGGCUGCCCAUCCUGGACAACUUUUGUCCAGGUCCUCUCAUAAAUUCACUGUGUAGUUCCACCCAACCAUUGGAUAUCACAUUGAAUUUAACAGCCUCCUCUUUGCAACUUUAAUUCCUCAAUUCUCUUUUUUUCUAUAGUCAGCAGACUUUUCCAUUCAUAUCACCUCCAGACUUUCCUAUCUUUUCCCAUUCCCUAGGCAAGACCUAUCAGUCCUGGUCCCUUUUAAUCCACAAGUAUGCCUGUGAUUAAAUCAUUCCUUCUAAAAAUUUUAGGUCCCAUACCCAGCCCCACCUCACACUUCCAAAAAUUCCUGCUCUAGAGAGCACUGGCCAUCCCAGGAUAUCGUAUUUCACAUUGGGGAAACCAAGUAGAGUUCUGGGGAGAUAAGCUUGAGGAUAUAAGGCAGAGGUAAGAUAGAGAAAAAGCUGAAAUCUCACCAUUGGACAUUGCUUUUGAUGUAUCCUUAUUUGAAAUAGCCUUGCUAAUCCACAGUUUUAGGCUUUAUCUUCACUGAGUGUACCUUGGAUAUCUUUACAUGUCAGUGAUUUUCCUUGGCUUCUCCAUUGUUUGCAUGCCAGUCCUGAUAUUCAGUUCUUUUCUUUUAUAUUCCACUAAAAAUAUAUUCAAUUAAAUUAAUUCUGCUCUCCAGGUGAAAGGUACUGGGCAAAUUCAAUCCAAAAGAAUCCAAGCAGCUGGAAAUAAUGCCUAAAUGUAUAGAUAUCUAUACUGACCUUAAAAUUCUGAUGCGUUUUGCUCUCUGGUUGACUUUUGGAAACUGCCUACCACUUUACCUGUUAGUGGUUAAAGGAAUGGAGGGUUUGUGAUGGGGACAACAUUAUUGCCUUUUAAAUGGUGCUGUUCCCCACAAAACACCUCUCUGAAAUGAAGUGAAAAGUUUCAUGGACUAGGAACUUGUUUGAAGGCAGCACCUGAGUGUGUGGGGAAAUCCUAAAGCUCUUAUUGAAGCCAUAUGAUGUUUAAACAUAAAUUUGAAAGUAAGACUUACCUUAAGACCUAUUAGAAAGUCUGCUCAUAGGUCUCAUCUUUAAGAUAUUUUAAAUAUUCAACUAUGGUAAUACAUUUGAAGUUAUAUCAAUGCCUCUCAGUAGUAAGUUCACAUAGAAACACUUAGAAUUGCACAAAUUAAUCUUUUAUAUACAAAUGGGUUUUUCUACUAUGUAUCAGUUUGCUCAGAAUAAAGUAUAUCUAAACUAUUAGAUUUUGAUUUGGUGAAGUAUCUAUCUAUCUAUAUAUCUAUGUUUAACAAUACUGCCUAAAUUGUAUAGACUAACCAAUACAAAAAUAUGUAAGAGCAUUGUAUGUAUGGUCUCUCUGUAAUUCUGAAAUAAAAGCUGCAAUCCCA